GUUAAAUAUUGCAGGUGGACUUUAUAUAGGCACUUCAGUAUCGUAAGGCAUAUUUUGAUAAAGAUCUUAUGCUGAUGUUGACACUUUAAAUCUGGAAAAACUUUAUAAUUUUGUGGUGGCCCAUAACAAUGAAAAAUUACUUGCAGUUGAUUGCCAUCUUAUCUAUCUCAAGUGCCAUGUACAUUUUAUUUAUUACUCGUCGCGAGACAAGUAAGCAAGAUUUGGAGCAUUCAAAAAGCAGUCCUUUGAGAAUUAGUAACGUUGAAUCUAACAAACUGCCAUCUGUAAGUUUGUUAAUGCGAUUAACAGGGAUGCAUAUAGAACGAUUUUAUUGCGAUUUUUUGAGGACAAUGGUACUAUUCUGGCCUCCAUCUUAUGGUAAACUUGUAGUGGUAUUGGACGAAGAGUCUGAACUUGAUCAUAAACUAGCAGCAAUUAUGAAAGAUCAUUUUGUGAAAUAUUUCCCUCACCGUAAUUUAAUAAUUGUGUAUGAAGCUUUACCUAACGGUCAUGAAACACUCUUAAAAAUGCCAUGGCCUAAACGAGACACUGGUUACAACAGACAAAUUUGGAGCAGUUUUUAUAAUGAUCUGUACACAAACGAUACGGUUAUAGCAUGGGUUGAUUCCGACACCGCAUUUUCAGCGUCUGUGACCCAUCGUUCAAUGUUUAAUGGCACACGCUUAAGAGUUAUUGGUACAGACUGCACACUAUUACACGUUGAGUUUGCAAGACAAUGCGACAGAGCUAUAUUUCUUGCUCUUGGUCGACAAGCUGUUGGGGACUUUAUGCUACAUUUUCCAAUUUACAUAUAUCGUGAUACAUUUACAAAUUGUAGAAAAUACUUAAUAAAUCGAUAUAAAGCUCGCGAUUUUGAAGAGGUUUAUAGAAUUAUGAGCACAGACGGCCUUAUAUGUCCGGUAAGUCUUGUCCUUAACUAUGCAUGGCACUUUGAGAGAGAACGUUACUAUUGGAAUCUGAAAAUUUGCACUGCCCUUUGA